CCUUCUCCGCCUCAGUCACCUCCUCCUCUUCCUCUGCAGGUGGAUGGAGGCUGAAGCUCCGGAGGCUCGAGUCAUGCCCGGGAUCCGCCGCUGAGGUGGUCUGAGGACAGAUUGUGUCCACAGAGUCCUCUCAGCCACCAGGGGGCGACUCCUGACAUGACUGUGAUUGACAGCUGGUGUCACCUGACUGCAGCUUCAACCGUGUUUAUUUUAUAAGAAAAUAAGUUGCUCCUCUCACCUCCCUCCGUGUCUCCGUCGUUGAACGUUCUAGACGGUCCGUCCUCCGUCUUCUGUCUCUGGAACAUGGCAUGCGUUCCUUGCCGGGCGUCGUUGUCGUCAUCCGGCUCCUCCUCUUCCUCCUCUUCCUCCUCCUCCACCACUGACCAUGGGGCUUCGCUCCAGGAGCGUCGUUAGCAGCUCGGAGGAGCAGAAAAAGCCUCCGGGUGGAGCUCUGCCUCCAACGCCGCUCACAGACUCGGGGGGCGGGGACAAAGAUGGCGCCCUGCUGCUGGUGUCGUCGAGUCGCGGCUCACAGGGCCUCGGUGUCGGGCUGCUGGCCAAGACGCCGCUGGGCUACACGCGGCCGAACAAGAGGAAUAACAUCAGGAGGAGGCGGAUCCAGAACCUGAUCUACGACACGCUGGAGAGGCCGCGAGGAUGGGCGCUGCUCUACCACGCCUUUGUCUUUUUAAUCGUCCUCGGGUGUUUGAUUCUGGCCGUUUUGACCACGUUCAGAGAACAUGAGAAGGAUUCUGCUCACUGGCUCGUUAUUCUGGAAACCUUUGCCAUCUUCAUCUUCGGAGCAGAGUUUGCAUUGAGGAUCUGGGCGGCAGGAUGUUGUUGUCGUUACAAAGGACUGAGAGGACGACUCAAGUUCGCCCGUAAACCUCUCUGUAUCUUAGACAUCUUCGUGCUGAUUGCCUCGGUGCCCGUCAUCGCCGUGCGUAACCAGGGCAACGUGUUAGCCACAUCGCUGCGCAGCCUGCGCUUCCUGCAGAUACUGCGCAUGCUGCGCAUGGACCGAAGAGGCGGGACCUGGAAACUGCUGGGCUCUGCGAUCUACGCACACAGUAAAGAGCUGAUCACAGCCUGGUACAUCGGCUUCCUGUCUCUGAUCCUCGCGUCUUUCCUGGUUUACCUGGUGGAGAAGGACGAUGUCUCCGUGGAUGUGUCCAACCAGGACGACCCCACCGCCGAGCCCAAAAAGCAGGACUUUGACACGUACGCCGACGCCCUCUGGUGGGGGCUGAUCACCUUGACAACCAUCGGCUACGGGGACAAGACACCAAAGACGUGGGCGGGGCGACUGUUGGCUGGAACCUUCGCUCUGAUUGGCGUGUCCUUCUUCGCGUUGCCUGCAGGGAUUCUGGGAUCAGGUCUGGCUCUGAAGGUCCAGGAGCAGCACAGACAGAAGCACUUUGAGAAGCGCAGACAUCCAGCAGCCGGACUCAUCCAGUCUGCGUGGAGAUAUUAUUCCACCAAUCCACUCAGAGAAGACCUCAUCGCCACGUGGAGAUUUUAUGAAACGGUCAUCUCUUUCCCCUGUAUCAGGAAGGAUCACCUGGAGGUCAUGGCGAGCCAAAAGCUGAGUUUACUCGAGCGCGUUCGCCUUCCUAAUGCCAGACUAUCAGCUGGAUCGAGCAGGAAGCUAACAGGUCACGCCGAGUCCAUCGAGGAAAGUCCCUCAAAGGAGCCCAAACCUGCCGGCUUCAGUAACCGCGAACGCUUCCGCACCGCCUUCCGCAUGAAGGCCUACACACUCCGCCAGAGCUCUGAAGAUGCCGGAGCUCUGGCUGAUCCAGCCUUAGAGGAGCGGGGCUUCCCUCCAGAAGUGUUCCUGGAGGAGAUGAUCCCCACACUGAAGCUGGUCAUCAGGGCAGUCAGGAUCAUGCAGUUCCUCCUGAACAAGAAGCGGUUUAAGGAAACUCUGAGGCCUUAUGAUGUGAAGGACGUGAUCGAGCAAUAUUCUGCCGGACACCUGGACAUGCUCUGCAGGAUUAAAUACCUCCAGACGAGGAUCGACAUGAUCCUUGCCCCUGGACCCCCCCUCACCCCGAAACACAAGAAAACGCAAAAAACGCCUUUCACAUACCCGCCAAAUCAGUCGCCCAGGCACGAGACCUACAUCGCCAAAGCUGCUUCCAUGCCAGACACCGACGACCAAAGCAUGAUGGGUAGAUUUGUCAGGGUGGAGAGACAGGUGGAGGACAUGGAGAAGAAGUUGGACUUCCUGGUGGACAUGCACAUCCAGCACACUGAGCACCUGCAGGUGGACUCAGCCGGCACUGCACACAUGACACUGGAGACCUGCGAUCCGACGGAGAGCGGUGAGAUCAGGCGGGUUUUCUUGGACUACACUGAGGCAUUCCCUCACAUGGCGUAUCAGGUACCACUGGUCAGCAAGUUGAAUCCAUAUUACGGUCGGGGUGGAAGAGGGGGUGGAGAUGUUCUGGGCUUAGGAGGAGGUCGCGUACCUCCAGAUCAUCAACCGCCGCACUCACACUUCUACCAGCACAACCCUCCGGCUGCCAUACCCACCUACACGGAGCGUCCUACCGUUUUGCCAAUCAGCUCCCUGCAAGACUUGUCGGUGGGGCUGGGCAGGACCACAGGGGGGCGAGGGGCUGACUCACCUCUUUCCAUGCUGUCGGUGAAUCACGAGGAGCUCGAGCGCUCACCGAGCGGCUUCAGCAUCUCUGGGGAGCGGGAGGGGGAGGAAGGGGAGGACCUGUCAACGGGGGCCAAGGUAGUGACUGGGGACAGUACCUGGACAAGACCCAGGCCGAGCUACUUGGCGGAGGGGGAGACAGAUACUGACACAGACCCCUUCACCCCCAGCGGGGGGCCCCUGCCCCUCUCCUCCACAGGAGAGGGAUUUGGCGACGCUGUGUGGACCACGCCACCAUGAGGUGAGGGUGUGGUCACACAGGGAUCCAAGACUCUGAGUUAAGACCUUUAAAUCCAGCCCAUGCCUCUAAACCAGUUUGGGUCAAAGCCACAUCUCUGUACCAAACCACUCAGAUGGGUCUAAUCCACCACGACGACACCAGGUCAACGACCUCCAGAGGCCACUGCCGAUCUCAUCAACCAACCACAGUCCAGACAGAGAGCCAUGGUGUGGAGAUGCCCCGCGACAAAGGGAAUCCAGACGUUUAUAAAGUAAAACUCUGUACAGUGCACUCUUCAGAAAAAGAUUUAGCUGAAAUGAAAAAGAACAUUAAUCUACAUAUAAUAUACACCCAAAAGCUUUAUCGCCGCAAAGCCAACCGCACUGCAUGUGAUGCAUGCGAUUUUUAGUGUAGACACUGCGAAGUUCAGGAUAUCAGGAAACAGAAAAACAAGAGAUUGAAUGGGAAACAUAUACUUGCUAUGCCAUUUUCUAACACUUAUUUUUUAUAUGAAUACAUUUUCAUUGUUCUGGUUGUUUCUUUUGCAUGGUUUGCAUGAUGAUGCACCAU